AUGUCGACAUUGGAACUAUUCCGGGUGUUUGCGCUCUCAAACGAGUUCAAACUUCUGCCGGUACGUCAAGAAGAGAAGCUUGAACUUGGUAAAUUGUUAGAACGUGUGCCUAUUCCAGUGAAGGAAGGUGUCGAUGAACCCGCAGCAAAGAUCAACGUCCUUCUACAAGCAUAUAUAUCGCAGCUUAAACUUGACGGUUUUGCUCUUGUGGCCGAUAUGGUCUUUGUUCAGCAAUCUGCCGGCCGUAUUCUUCGUGCUAUGUUUGAAAUUUGCUUGAAGCGAGGGUGGGCAGUACCAGCGCGUGCAUGUCUCGACCUAUGUAAGAUGGUUGAGCGACGAAUGUGGGGCUCCAUGACACCGCUUCGCCAAUUCAAGGGUGUCCCACAGGAGGUCAUCCGAAAAGCGGAGGGCAAACAAUUCCCAUGGUAUCGCUACUUCGAUCUCGAUCCUCCUGAAAUUGGUGAGCUUAUUGGCAUCCCAAACGCCGGAAGGCUCGUGCAUCGUUUGGUGCACAGCUUCCCCAAGCUGCAGCUGCAAGCGCAAGUGCAGCCCAUCACCCGCUCCCUUCUUCGUAUCGACUUGUCCAUUGUCCCUGACUUCCGAUGGGACGAGAAGACCCACGGAACAGCUGAGACAUUCCUCAUCAUGGUUGAAGACGUCGAUGGAGAGAUUGUUCUUUUUCACGACUCAUUUGUCUUACGCCAACGUUAUGCAGAGGAUGAACACAACGUCACCAUCACGGUUCCGAUGUUUGAGCCCGUCCCCCCGAACUACUACAUAUCUGUUGUCUCCGACCGAUGGUUGCACGCCGAGACCCGACUACCCAUAUCCUUCAAACACUUGAUUCUCCCAGAGAAGUUCCCACCUCCCACUCCUCUUCUCGAACUUCAGCCACUCCCGCUGUCCGCUCUACACAACAAGGAAUUCGAGAGCAUCUACUCGUCCACCAUUCAAACAUUCAACAAGAUCCAGACGCAGGUCUUCCAAGCUCUCUACACAUCUGAUGAGAAUGUCUUUAUUGGCGCGCCUACUGGAAGCGGCAAGACUAUAUGUGCCGAAUUUGCUCUGCUCCGCCUUUGGAGCAAACGCGAGCAGCCCAGGGCGGUCUGUAUUGAGCCCUACCAGGAGAUGGUCGACCAACGUGUUGCAGAGUGGCGUCGGAAGUUCAGCAGCCUGCAGGGCGGCAAAGAGAUAGUCAGCCUCACAGGAGACACCAGCGCUGAUCUCCGACUUCUUGAGAAGGGGGAUGUUAUUGUUUGCACCCCAUCCCAGUGGGAUAUCCUGUCUCGAAGAUGGCGACAGCGCAAGAAUGUGCAGAACAUCGGUCUAUUGAUUGCUGAUGAAAUCCAACUUGUAGGUGGAGAAGUCGGUCCGACGUACGAAGUGGUGAUAUCUAGGACCCGCUAUGUUUCUGCGCAAACGGAGGUUAAGACUCGCAUCGUCGCCUGUGGUGUCUCGCUCGCUAAUGCUAGAGAUCUCGGUGAAUGGAUGGGUGCACCAUCGCACGCGAUUUUCAACUUCUCACCUAGCUCGAGGCCACUGGACAUGGAUAUACAUCUCCAAAGCUUUACUAUCCCUCAUUUCCCUUCGCUGAUGAUUGCCAUGUCUAAGCCUGCCUAUCUUGCUAUCGUUGAACACUCACCUACCAAACCUGUCAUCAUAUUCGUUCCAUCAAGACGCCAGUGCCGGCUGACGGUUGACGACUUGUUGAUCCACUGCGGAGCAGAUAGCAACCCCGAUCGCUUCUUGAAUAUCGAAGAAGCUGACUUGCAGCCCCAUCUCGACCACAUCAGCGACAAAGGUCUUGUCGAAUGCUUGAAACAUGGCAUUGGGUAUUAUCACGAGGCGCUUGAUAAGCAAGACAAGCGCAUUAUUGAACGCUUAUUCCAGUCUGGAGCAAUCCAGGUUUUGGUGGCAUCUAAGGACACUGCAUGGAGUCUACCCGUCGCAAGCUACAUGGUGAUCAUAAUGGGCGUGCAAUACUACGAGGGCAAAGAGCAUCGAUAUGUCGACUACCCAGUCAUGGACGUCCUACAAAUGAUAGGUCGUGCUUGUAGGCCAGUGGAAGACGAUCGCAGCCGAUGUGUUCUCAUGUGCCAGCAGACGCGCAAGGACUUCUACAAGAAGUUCCUUGCAGAGGGUCUGCCCAUCGAGUCUCACCUGCCUACCCAUCUGCUACACGACUAUUUCCUCGCCGAGAUCGCUGUCAAGACGAUUGAAAACAAGCAAGAUGCAAUGGAUAUCCUGACAUGGACAUACUUCUACCGCCGAAUGACCCAAAACCCCAACUACUACAAUCUUCACAAUGUCAGCCAUCAGCAUUUGUCAGAUCACCUUUCGGAACUCGUGGAGAACACCUUGCAAGAACUGGUUAACUCAAAGUGCAUUUCGAUAGAAGAUGAAAUGGACGUUUCGGCACUGAACCUCGGAAUGAUAGCGGCGUACUAUAAUAUCUCAUACGUCACUGUGGAAGUGUACACCCUGUCGCUGAAAGAGCGGACGAAACUCAAAGGUCUUCUGGAAGUUGUUGCCUCUUCUGCAGAGUUCGAGUCAAUUCCUAUCAGGCGUCACGAAGACAUCAUUCUCCGCCGCAUCUACGAUCGUGUUCCUGUCAAGCUCGACCGUGCAGACUUCGAAGCUCCCCACUUCAAGACAUUCCUUCUACUCCAGGCUCAUUUCUCUCGUAUCCAGCUGCCACCAGACUUGGCGGCAGACCAAGUUUUAGUUCUGGAGAAGGUUUUGAACCUGUUAUCAGCAUGUGUGGAUGUCAUGUCCUCGAACGCAUGGCUGAAUGCACUAGGAGCGAUGGAUUUGUCACAGAUAGGCAUGUCUAUCAAUACUAUCAAACGUUGCAAGGAUGCCGGCAUUGAGUCUGUCUACGACGUUAUGGAGAUGGAAGAUGACAAACGCAACGAGCUUUUGCAAAUGGAUGGGCGUCAAAUGCGCGAUGUAGCGACAUUUGUCAAUUCAUACCCGACCCUCGACGUGUCCUUCAAGCUUGAAAAGGGAGAAUAUACUGCUGGUGCACCCAUCACCAUGCAGGUUACUCUUGCCCGUGAUACAGAUGAAGAAGAUCCUGAUGACCAGACUGUUGUCGCACCUUUCUAUCCCACGGAAAAGAUAGCAAACUGGUGGCUUGUGGUUGGGGAGCCGAGCACAAAACAGCUGCUAUCAAUCAAGCGCGUCACCGUCACCAAGAAUCUCUCGGUGAAAUUGGAGUUCACGCUACCGAAAGGCAACCACGCCUUGAAACUCUAUGUCAUUUGCGAUGCAUACAUUGGCGCAGAUCAUGACCUAAGUUUGGAUCCCAUUGAUGUUGCGGAGGGUGAGGACAGCGACAGCGACGAUGAGAGUGGAGAUGAGAUGGAGGAGUAG